AUGGCAGACCACGUUAAGAUGACCGCGCUAACUGAUGUGCCUCCUCCUUAUUCGAAGGAAUUAUCCCUGUCCCGACCACUACCUCAAUCUACUCCCCGUCACCAUGCCCACUCCAUAUCCCUUGGAGCGGUCAAUCAUAAUCACCGUGUCACUCGUCGGAAGAGUGUCACCACCGCUGCUGCUGCUAAUGCCGCCGCCGCUGUGGUCGCCGCGUCCAUGAAGGACACCAAUGGGGAACCGAUAGGUGUGCCGAUGCCUUCUCACCGUCGAGGCAGCACCAGGAGGGGCCUGGAAUCCACUUCGGUCGGAGCUCUCUCCGGCUUCGGCCACUAUCUCUCCCGGAGCAUGAACAGCCCCAGCCAAGAACCCCCGGUCGCUCGCAAACCCUCGCCCAAUCAUCCCAACAACGGCGCCUCUUCCGUCGCCGCAGCUGGCGGCGAGGAGAGUAGUUCGGACAACAAACCCGUCAACACCAAGAGUCGAAACCGUCGGGCCAGCGAAGGAUCGCACUUGGUCAAAGGCGAAGGGAAGCGCGCCUUGGCGGAACUACGGUGCGAUCGCUGCGGGAAAGGGUAUAAGCAUGGCAGCUGCUUGUCCAAGCAUAUGUGUGUAUACUCCCCCCCAAAUGCCAUCCUGCCGUCUGGCUCGAAUCGGAGCAAUGCGCCAUGUCGGCUCUGUUGCAAGGUCGCCCUCGUGGUCAUUUCAGCUCCUCGCGUCUCCCAGUGGGAACAUGACCCGGCAUGGGCCAUUACUUCGAAGCUACUGAUCUCCAAGCAUCAGCAAGUUCAGCUGCUGGAGGCCGCGACCGUCCUGGUCAACAUGAACCAGGACGGCCCUUCAGAAGGUGCCGAAGCCGAAUCGGAGCUGUCAUCUGCGUCACCCGACACCUCGUCGGAGCUUCGCGACGGCAUCAGCUCGGCGGAAACCACCCCUCCUCCUAUGGAUGAGGACGACGAGGACGAAGAUGACAUGGAGAUGUCUGGCAUGCCCGUGUUCCCGAGCAAACGGUUCAGUGUCGGCAACGCGUCGGCUCAUUUUUCCCACUCCUACCAGUCUAUUCCCUCGAGCUCCUUCAACGGCAGUGCUCCCUUGCAUUCGCCUGCCUUUUCUCACUUCCGGCACUCAAGCAUCGACACCCGGCCCUCCACCGCCGAAGCCAAGUUGCACGAAGAUGACGAAGCGGAUUUGGCCGCUGCCAUUGGCCUCUGCAAUUUCGGAACGCCGCGCACUGGACCUGUGCCGAUGUCCCCUAGCAUUCCCCCGGUGCCGCCGCUCCCAUCUCGGUACCUCGAUCAAAGCAACGGUGCUGGCAGUACCAGUCAAAGCCUGGACCCUCCCGCUGCUGCCAAUAUCAAUCCGUCUCUCACCGAGUCCACCCCGAACAUCUUCCUCUCCGUAUCAUAUAACCCAUCGCUCUCCUACAAGGUCUCCGACGAGCGGGAAGUGAGAAUGGGUGAUGCGGAUCGCGUGCAAAGACAGAACCGCAAUGCCGAUGUUGACUUCAGCAACCGUCCCGCUCAUGCGGAUGACGAUGAUGACGGCGUCUUUGGUCGCAUGGAGGAGUAG